AUGAAUAAAGAACAAGUUUAUACUAAUAAUAAUAUCAAAGAAUUAGAUAUUAGAGAUAGAAACCUUAAAGGUGAACUUAAUCUUAGGAACUAUCAACAAUUAGAAGAAUUACAUUGUUCUUUUAAUAAACUAACUAAUAUUAUCCUCUCUACUAAUCCAAUUACUUAUGAAAUAAGAAAUCAGGACUUCAUUCCUACUAGUUUAAAAAAAUUAGAUUUAAGAACUGGAAUAAAACAAUUGACCGAAAUAGAAUAUUUACAAGGCAGAGGUAGCAAAAAAAUGGUUUCGGCUCUAGACGUGUCCCGAUACCUUCUUUCUUUGGAUAAAAAGAGAAAGUAUUUUACCUCAAAGAGAAUGUCUUCAGAAGAAGAAAAUAUGAUAGCUUAUAGAAAUGGUGCAGUAGUGGAAAAGGUUAGUAAAUCAUUUUCUAAUGAACUUUUUUAUUUAAAAACUUUUUCCGAAAGUGAAAAUUUAGAUCCUGAAAGAAAAAAGUUCGUUGAAAUGAAAUUUAAACAUUUUCGAGAAUAUAGCAAUUAUGAGUUGCAGGAUCUUUCUCAUGAUGAUCCAAGUUGGCAAUUAGCUCGGGAAAAAGGAGAUAAUAUUCUAAUGUCUAGAGAAUCUCAUAUUCUUAAUUACUGA